AUGACUGACACCAACGAUGGGUUUGUCGAUCGGCUGGAGUGCACGGCUGAAAGUCUGUCGGUUGACAUGCUGGGUCGCCUGCAUUGUGACAUGUUCCUACAACACCGACACCUGCUUAACAACGUCACUGUCCGCAUCCGUCUCACCCUGGCUAAGGAUUCGUUUGCUCUGAUGUCCGAUGAAGCCGCUCCCGGCUACAAGACUCGCUUGGAGGAGGUAUUGAUCUUUGUGCGCAAAGUGAAAAUCACCAGCGGUGUACAACUGGGGCAUUUGAAAGCCUUGGCCAAAGCUCCUGCCAAGUACCCAAUCCGCCGCGUGCUGACCAAGUAUUUCUCUGUCCCCAGAGGUCACACCCUCAUCAAUGAACAAAACCUAUUUCUGGGCAGCAUUCCGACACGUUUAGUGGGGUGUGUGAGCAACAAGGCUUUUGACUGGGACUACACUAAAAACCCGUUUCGUUUCCGACACUACUACACAAACUUCGUCGCCUUGUACGUUGGCGGUCGUCAGAUUCCAACCAAGCCCCUGACACCCGACUUUGAGAACGAGAAUUUCAUCCGCACGUACAUGAACCUCUUUACCCACACGGGGAAAGCGUUCCACGACGAGGGAAACAAUAUCAAGCGCACCACAUUCGCCGAAGGCCACACGCUGUUUUGUUUCGACUUGACCCCUGGCCUCCACGAUGACCACCGACUGAACCUGGUACAAAAAGGGGAUUUGCGCCUGGAGAUGCGGUUUGCCAAACCACUGCCGGAAACCAUUAACGUGGUGCGCUACGCUGAAUUCAGCAAUAUCAUAGAAAUAGACCAAAGCCGAAACGUGCUCUGUGACUUCGCCAGUUGA